UAGAAGGAGACUCUGGUCGUUUGUGCAUCUCAAAUACCUUGUUUGUGUUUGUGGACUUAGACCACCAUGUCUGUUCUAACACAUGUGCUGGCCUGCCUGUUUGGCCUGGGCUCCUGGGUGACCAUCUGUGGACUGUGGGUAGAGUUGCCCCUCAUUGUGCCCCAGAUCCCCGAGGGCUGGUACCUGCCCUCCUACCUGUCGGCACUGAUCCAGCUGGCCAACGUGGGCCCACUCUGUGUGACCUUGGCCCACCGCCUCUGCCCCGGCCGACUGAAUGAGUCCGCCCUCAUCUACGCCGUCGUGAGCCUGGGCACGGUGGCCACCUUUCUGCUGGCCUUCUUCUGGCGGGAGACGGUUGAAGUGGCCGGGGCGCAGCGCAGCGUGGCACUGUUCACGCUCACCUUCCUGGUGUCGGCGGUCGACUGCACCUCUUCGGUCACCUUCCUGCCCUUCAUGAACCGCCUGCCGCCCACCUACCUCACCAGCUACUUCGUGGGCGAGGGCCUGAGUGGCCUUCUGCCCGCCCUGGUGGCACUGGCACAGGGAGUGGGAGUCAUGCGCUGUGUGAAUGCCACCACGACGGUGAGACAUGCCAGCGUGCCAGCAGGGAACGCCAGCUGGGAGUUCGACACCCAAGCGGGGGUCACUCUCCACUCUAUGAAUGUUACUACACAAUUAGACUCUUCCAGGUUUUUGAAUGGCAGUGUGACAAUCGAUGCUGCGGGUGCGGGUCUGGUGCCACACUACCAGUUGGCGAACUUCUCGGCCCAGGUCUUCUUCUUUUUCCUCACAGCCAUGAUGCUGGUGUGCCUGGGCUCCUUCCUGCUCCUCAACUGCCUGCCCUGCGUGCCCUGCGAGCACCCAGCCUCUGUCAGGAAGGUAAACAGGAAGCCCAAAGGCAACAGAGCCGAGGAGAAGUACAUGAUCGCAUCGGCCGGCUCCAAGCUCCGCAGCCGCUUUGGGACGGGUCGCUACAGCUGGCCAGAGGUCAUCUACAUCUUCUGCGUCUUGGCUUGGGCGAACGCCUUAACCAACUCUGUGCUUCCGUCGGUGCAGUCCUACUCCUGCCUGCCUUAUGGCAAUGUGGCCUAUCACUGGUCUGCCACCAUGGCUGCUGUGGCCAACCCUGUUGCUUGUUUCAUUGCCAUGGUCUUUCCAAGAAGGUCUCUCUUCCUCAUGGGCAUACUCACAGCCACUGGGACAGCCAUUGGUGCUUACAUCAUGGGCAUGGCUGUGCUGAGUCCCUGUCCUCUCCUGGUUGGUAAUAUACUGGAAGUGGGAGCCUGGGUCCUCUUUGUCCUCACCCUGUCCUAUGUGAAGGUGAUCAUUGGACUGAUCCUGCGUGAUGAGGGUCACAGCGCCCUCGUGUGGUGUGGAGCAGUGGUGCAGUUUGGCUCCAUGGUUGGGGCUCUUACCAUGUUCCCACUGGUAAACGUAUAUAGUCUCUUCAAAUCUGGUGACCCAUGUAAUACCUGGUGUCUGUAAAUUAACUAUAGUCAAAUCACUGUAUGAUCAGUGAUCUUUUUACAUCACAGUCUCAUCACCUCUGUCUAGUCUUGCAGCUAGUAUAUCUAUGGCAUAUGGCAGAUUACAUUUACCUCUGAUUUAUCGUCCUGCCUAUUUGAAUGUACCCUCUAUGAUACAUUUUAGCAUCAUGAAAAAAUCCAGUAACAACUCAAGGUCUAUUUAGGAUUAUAAUGAGUGUACAUUUUCAUUGGGGACCAAAAUUAUGAGGGAGUAGUUUUGAGUAAACCAGAAUAUACUGUACAUUUAUGUACAUUACAUGUCGCUAUGUCAAAGAAAAUUGCUUUUUUAAGCCACUAGGGUCAAAAUAUUAUAUAAAUUACAUUUUUAUGCUACAAUGGAGUGGAUCCCUGUAGAUAAAUGCAUUCUUUCUUGUAAAGGACAUUUGUACCAACAAGGCAGAAAUAUAUACAGUAUCCAAAUAAUCAUCAUUAACAUCCAUGCAACAGCUGUUAUCCAAAAUGUCAGGUACACAGGCAAACAUUUUAUUCAUUUUGCGACAAAGGUGUUAUAGACAGGAAAGCAGUAGGCUAUCUGAUGGUCAGAGGGAAGGGACCAAAUGUUCUUGUCCUUC